UUUUCCUCUGUGGUGGCUUAACACUGAGAAGACACUGGCUCCCCCCUGCUCCACCCCUGCCUCUCUGUUCAUGUGACUUAGUGGUGUCUGCACAGUUUGAAAUGUAUCUGCCUUUGGGCAGGCAUUGGUUCCUUACCUUUCAGCCCUGCAAAGAGGAAGAGCCGCACCUUACCACACAACUGAAGCUAGUCUCGAUCCUGCCUCCACCAUGGGCAGGCGUGCUCUGGAGGUGGUACUGCUAAACGUCGCCUGUGCAUUUUUAUCCUGCCGUGCUGAUGUGGGGAAUUAUGAGAUGGAGCUCAAAUCAACCCCACAAUCUACUUUGUUCCUACAGAGAACUACUUCUGCUCAGUCAGUUUCCCCAUAUCAGAUAACUUCUUCCAGCCAUGCAGUCACCACGCUUUUCUCCAGCAGGACAAGUAAUAUUAUAACCACCUCAUUAAGCCAAAGAACAUCUGCACUCACUGCCACCCAAACAACAAACCAUCAUCCGGUAACAACAGCAUUGGCCCCUAACAUGACAACGCAAGCAAGAGAAAACAACACCCAGCUGACCAGCAAGACGACCCAUCUAAUAUUAACAACUACAAUAGCAAGUAAGAAAACAACUGCAAAGCCCCCACUGCCGACCAAUGAAACUACAACCCAUGUAAGAGUAACUACAGCACAAUCAUCUAACAAGACAACCAUCCAGCGAACUGAGAAAACUACACUGUCAACGAACCAAACAACCCAUUCAAGGGUAGCAACUACAACUGCAGCUAAGAAGACAACUGCAACGCCUACAUCACCAACCAACCAAACUACAACCCUUGCAGUAACAACUACAGCAAUAACCAAGAAGACAGCUGUAAAGACCACCACACAGCCAACUAAACAAACAACUCAUACAGCAGCAAAAACUACAGCCAGAACCAACAUGACAACCCUUUCUCCAGGGAAUCAAACAACCAGACCUGCUACGACAGCCACCAUGGGGCCCACCCUCGCACCUGAUCCAUCAUCACCCACUACUGGAGCCUACAAUGUUUCCAGUGGAAGUGUGAACUGCAUUAAAGCAUCAAUGGGAUUGGAGCUGAUUGUUCAAAACUCUAAGACGCAGAAGAAGGGAUACUUCAAUAUUGAUCCCAGUAUCACACAAACAUCUGGAAGCUGUGGAAAUCUGCAAUCAAAUCUGAACUUAACUUUUAAUGGCGGCUUUAUAAGCUUUACCUUUGUAAAGAAAGAUAGAGUCUAUUACAUCAGUACAGUUGAGGCCAGCUUAAAGAUACCCUCUGUGGGUUCAUGGCACAAUGUUACAAGCAAGCAGCUGUUUACAGCUACGAUGGGGAAUUCAUUUAAGUGUCUCAGCAAACAGAUGGUGAACCUGGCAGACAACUUCCAGCUGCUCACUGUUAACACCCAACUCCAAGCCUUUGCCAUUGUUGGUGACCAGUUUGGGAAAGUGGAGGAGUGCGCAGCUGACUUCAACAUCAUUUUUCCUGCGAUUGGCUUCUUCGUGAUCUUUAUCGCCGGCAUCCUGGCACUCAUCCUCUGCGCGAUCUGCCUUAAGAGUAAAUCGUCUGCGUACCAGAGAAUCUAGCAGAUCAAAAUAAUCUCAUAUAAAUAAUGAGAAGCAUUUCAUGAAAAGAUUUUAGAAUUUCAAGUCUGCCAUAAUUUUUCUUCUAAUAACACUGUUAGAACAGUGUAAAAUGCCAGAGUAUGUGUGUCGAGUUAUGAAAUCAAGUAGCUGGUCAUUUUAUGGAGCUACCUGCAACUGAGAAGAAGGGGAACAGUUUUCAUACAGUUCACUUGUGUUUAGAGAGAGGAUUUUUAGUGGCCUAUUUCAAUUCAACUGUUUGUUUUUACAACACAGUUUAUGGAUCAUACAUAGGAAAUGGGUUAAUAUAAGGAAAAGCAUAAAUUUGAAAACUGAAUUUACAAAGAACAUGCAAUGUAACUAUUACUCUCUCAGCAUGUUACUGGCAUUUUAAGGGCAUAAUCCUGAGGGCUGCUGAAGGAAUGCAGCAUCUCACAGGAUCAGGUCGUAAACUUUUCUGACUGGGUCCUUUUAAAGUUUUGCACAUAUAAAAUUUGUUUGUUUUAUUCACAAUGAAGGUCUUGACUAGCUGCAGCCCAGCGUAUUUAACUGAUCUCCUUUCUUGUAUGUUCCUAGCCCUUUGUUAGAAUCUCAAAUGUUGGGUUUCCUCAUCUGUCCAGUUUUAAAUCUUGUAUCAAUGGGAACCAGAGCAUUUUCUUGUUAUGCUCCUUGCCUGGGAAACUCUGUUACUAUUCAGUCUUUUAACAUUUGAUACCCAGUUGAAAAGAGAUCUAUUCACUC